GCGCUGAGGGGCUGUGGGGCCCUGCGUCGGAGGCGCGCCGCGGAGGAUGGAUAUCAGGCCCAACCACACCAUUUACAUCAACAACAUAAACGAUAAGAUCAAGAAGGAAGGGCUGUGGCUGGUCAAGAGCAGCUGGAAGAAGUGAUGUUGGGCUGGUAUUGUCAGAGCUGAAGAGGUCCUUGUAUGCAUUAUUCUCACAGUUUGGUCAUGUGGUUGACAUUGUGGCUUUGAAGACUAUGAAGAUGAGAGGACAAGCUUUUGUUAUAUUUAAAGAACUUGGAUCAUCUACCAAUGCUCUGAGACAACUACAAGGCUUUCCAUUUUAUGGGAAACCAAUGCGUAUUCAGUAUGCAAAAACAGACUCUGAUAUCAUCUCUAAAAUGCGUGGCACUUUUGCUGAUAAAGAAAAAAGGAAGGAAAAGAAGAAGGCCAAAUCUCUGGAGCAGUCAGCAAAUGCCGCAAAUAAAAAGGUUAUCCAGGGAGCAACACAAAAUUCAGCCAGUGCCCCUGGGACUUCACCACAGAAUCAGCAGGUACCUGAUAACCCACCGAACUAUAUCCUUUUCCUUAAUAACCUACCCGAGGAAACGAAUGAGAUGAUGCUGUCCAUGUUAUUCAAUCAGUUCCCUGGAUUUAAAGAAGUACGAUUAGUGCCUGGGCGCCAUGACAUUGCAUUUGUGGAGUUUGAAAAUGAAUGUCAAGCAGGAGCUGCUCGAGAUGCCCUCCAGGGAUUCAAGAUCACUCCGUCUCAUGCCAUGAAAAUCACUUAUGCUAAGAAAUAACUAGGCACUCUUUAAAGGACUUCUUUGGAUUGAUUUUUUUAUCAUGAUGAUACUUAGAUCAGCUAGCAUGUUAGCUGUUCUAUGCAGAAAAGAUAAGACUGUUGUGUAAAAUGGCCACAGCUGUUGGGCCAGUUGCAGGACUUCCAUGGAUCUGUUGAAUAGUGAACUUUUGUGCUAAAAUGCCAUUUUUUAUAAAAUAAAUAUAGUUGAUGCUGUUUUCAAA